CAAUAGCAAGUAGAGGCGGGGCAAGCUACGCUUUUCGUUCAGCCUUGUAUAUUUCAAAUUCAAGCUGUUUAAGAGUUUGAAGAAUCUAAAUGGCUCUGGGGCGGGUUUGUUCUUCAUCAGCAUAUCUUCUCUUUGUUUUGCGUUCAGGCAAAGUUGGAGGAAGUGGCUAUCAAAAUGCACUAAAGGAGCAGCUUCAUUCCAUUCCCUUCUCCACCGUCAUCACUCACAAUGAAGAUGCAGAAGAAAAGGGUUCGAGAAGAUGGCUGACACUUCCACCGUUUACCUCAACAGUGGAUAGUACAGCGCUUGGGAAGCACUUGAUCAACUCUUCUUCGAACAACCCUACGCCUUCACCGACCACAGCUCUCAAAUGGGUAGCGCAGUGUUGCCCUCACAUACCUCAUACGCUUAUUCAGAAGCUGUUUCGUUUGCGACAGGUUAGAAUGCAUUCCAUGGAUUCACAAAGUCAGCACGAGCAAGAAAAACAUAAGCCUCAACUGAAACGGGUGUUAGGAAAAGAAAUUAUGAAGCCAGGGACAAAACUAUACUUGCCUAUUACUGUCUCUGAGAGUAAAAGUCCUAAAAAAGACAAUCCUGUCCAAAGAAAAACCUUCAACCCAAGUACAGAUGAAAUAAAGUACAUACGGAGUCUUGAAAUAUACAAGGAUCCGGCAAUAAUUGUCUUAAAUAAGCCUCCAGGUUUACCUGUUCAGGGUGGCACUGGCAUUCACAAAAGCUUGGAUGCAUUGGCAGCAGCAGCAUUGAAAUAUGACUAUAUGGAACCUCCUCGAUUGGUGCACAGACUUGACAAAGAGUGCAGUGGAAUUUUGGUGAUGGGGCGGACACGUGAAAGUGCAAAACUACUUCAUACUUUGUUUCGUGAAAAGACUAACACAACAUCCUUGUCCGAUAAUCUUGAUUCUUCUGGAAGAAACAUAAAGCGAAGAUACUGGGCUUUAGUUAUUGGCAUCCUAAAGCAAAAGCAAGGUCGAAUAGUUGCUCCCCUUAAAAAGGUGAUUUUGGAUGAUGGAAAGUCAGAAAGGAUACUCAUUGCUGAUGGUUCUGGAGCAGACUCAGGACAAGAUGCUAUAACAGACUAUCGAGUGAUAGGACCUCCAGUUCAUGGUUGCACAUGGCUUGAGCUCUUCCCAUUUACUGGGAGAAAACAUCAGAUUCGAGUUCAUUGUGCUGAAGCCUUGGGGACACCUAUCGUGGGGGAUUUUAAGUAUGGAUGGUCUAUACACAGGGCUUGGUCGCCAAUGUCCAAAAUGGACCUUAGUCAAGAGUUUGCAACACAGCGCAAUAGGACUGAAGAGGCCAAUGUGGAAGAAGGUAGUGUGUUGGCAAAAACACCCUUGCUCCAUCUUCACUGCAGAAAAUUAGCAAUUCCUAAUGUCAAUAAGGCCCUGGAGCAAUUGGAUAUGCCAGAUCAGAGAGAUACCAAUACUGACAUGCUAAAAUUUGUUGCACCAUUGCCUUAUCAUAUGUUGGCAAGCUGGGAUUUUAUGUCUUUAUGUGUGGAAUCACAAGAGAAACAAGCUUCUAGUUAAUUAAUGAUUAGAAAUGGUGUGUUCUGCUUGAGUGUUACCAUCUUCUUCAAGAAAUAUGGCAUAUAAACCUAUUGUGCAUUUUAUAACAGUGUACAUUAUCUAUUCUAGUCUUUAAUUAUCAAA